UCUGUCUCUCUCUCUCUCCCUCCCUGUCUCUCUCUCUCUCAGCAGAGAGACAUCAUGUCUCACGUCGUCCUGCUGGACCUCGUGCACGGCUGCUGUCCCCCCCCCCUCGCCGACUCGUCCGCGGACACGCGCGUGUUCGUGUUGUGCACGGAACGUUCCCGCGAGGGGGGGGGUCACGCGCUUCCGAGCUGGUGCGGGAGCGCGCACGUGCUCGCGAGCGGCUCCACCGCGGAGAGCUUGUUCCGGUUCAAAGUGCUCGUGGACGAGCUGCGCGUGACCGCCGUGACCGUGCACACGAGCCCGCGGGGCCGCGCCGCGCUGCCGCGGUACCUGGAGCUGCUGUUCACGCCCCUGUACGCGUUCCAGUACCGAGUGACGUCACAUGACCGCCUCACCUGCCCGGGCUGCACAAGCUCCGCCCACACGGACUUACCUGGUGAGGGCGUGAAAGAAAGAGAAGGAAAAGAGGAGGAGGAGGAAGAGGAGGAGGAGGAGAAGGAGCAGGAGGAAGACGAGUGGAAGUUUCUGCAGCAGCUUCCUGCUCUGAACGGACAGAUGACGGUUCUGACGUCAUCACUGAUCCCAGACGUCUUCGGUCACGGCUUCAGUACUCGCAGAGGGGGCGUGUCCCACAGCCCCACGCUGUCCUCCUUGAAUCUGUUCAGCAGCAGCAGGAGGCGGGACCCCGUCGCCGUGGUGAUGGAGAACAGACGCCGAUUGGGCGUCCACGCCGGGUUCCACCCACUUCCGCUUCGCCUGGUGCAGGUCGACCACGGCAGCGGCGUGUGGGUCGUGGGCGGCGCCGAGCCCGAGAGCUACGACGGGAUGGUGACCAAUCAGACGGGCGUGGUGCUCGCGGCGCCGGGAGCCGACUGCAUGCCCAUCCUGUUCGCUGAUCCCGUGUCAAAGGUCAUCGGAGCCGCUCACGCAGGUUGGAAAGGGACUCUGAUGGGGGUCGCCAUGGCAACAGUGACGGCCAUGGUGAAGGAGUUCGGGUGUCAGGUGAGCGACAUCGUGGUGGCGGUGGGCCCGUCGGUGGGGGGGUGCUGUUUCACCCUGGAGAGGCAGCAGGCGCUGGACUUCAUCAGCAUCCAUCCUGAGUGUGUCCCUGACCCGGGGGCGGAGCGACCACACGUCAACAUCCGCCUCGCCAACAGACUCCUCCUCCAGAGAGGCGGGAUCCUGCCCGAGCACAUCCAUGACGACUCGGUGACGGACCGGCCCUGCGUCACGCCGUGCACUUCCUGUCACCCUGAACUCUUCUUCUCCCACGUCAGAGACGGACCCGACUUCGGGACUCAGGUGGGCUUCCUGUGGAUCCGAGAGUCCCGCCCCCAGGACGGGCGUCCCUCACAGGCGCCGGAGGACGGACUGAGUCCUCACACCAGUUAGGACCAGUUGGUUAAAAUCAUGUUUUCUACGUGAAUUGACUUGAAAUCUGUUGAACUCUUUGUAUUUUGUGUUCCACUGAUUAGAAUCAUUAAUAAAUGUUUCUGUUAACGCUU